UCCAAUGUUGGAGGAUCUGGUGGAACGUUCUGGUGUUGGAAAAUUCUGGUCCUGGAUCCCUCUGGGCAUCCCCAGGGUGGAACAUUCCGGAUUGGAGCAUCCUGGUGUGGGACCAUCCCAGGGAUGGAGCGUCCUGCUGUGGGAUCUCCUGCUGUGGGAUCAUCCCAUUGUGGGAUCCUCUCCUGUGGGAUCUCCUGUUGUAGGAUUGUCCUGCUCUGGGAUCUUCUGCUGUGGGAUCUACUGUGGGAUCAUCCCGUUGUGGGAUCCUCUUCUGUGGGAUCAUCCUGCUGUGGGAUCUCCUGCUAUGGGAUCAUCCCAUUGUGGGAUGUCCUGCUGUGGAAUCCUCUGCUGUGGGAUCUACUGUGGGAUCUCCUGCUGUGGGAUCUCCUGCUCUGGGAUCAUCCUGCUGUGGGAUCCUCUCCUGUGGGAUCUCCUGUUGUGGGUUCGUCCUGCUCUGGGAUCCUCUGCUGUGGGAUCUACUGUGGGAUCUCCAGCUGUGGGAUCAUCCCAGUAUCGGAGCAUCCCCGUGAUGGAACAUUCUGGGAUCGGAGCAUCCUGGUCCCAAAGCGUCCCAGUGUCAGAGCAUCCCAGUGUGGAGCAUCCCAGUAUGGAGCAUCCCAGUAUGGGAUCAUCCCAAUAUGGAGCAUCCCAGUGUGGGACAUCCCAGUGUGGGACAGCCCAGUGUGGAGCAUCCCAGUGCUGGACCAGAACAGGGCUGGAGCAUCCCAGUUUGGAAUAUCCCAGUAUGGAAUAUCCCAGUGUGGGACAUCCCAGUAUGGAGCAUCCCAGUUUGGAAUGUCCCACUAUGGAGCAUCCCAGUAUGGAACAUCCCAGUAUGGAGCAUCCCAGUAUAGAAUAUCCCAGUGUGGAGCCAUCCCAGUAUGGAGCAUCCCAGUGUGGGACAUCCCAGUGUGGGAUCACCCUGGUGUGGGAACAUCUUGGUGCCAGAGAUGUGAGUGAUGGAACAGCCCAGUGCUGCUCCAUCCCAGUCCAUCCCAGUCCAUCCCAGUGCUGCUCCAUCCCAGUGCCAGCCUAUCCCAGUCCCAGUCCAUCCCAGUAACGGAGCAUCCCAGUGCCAAUCCAUCCCAGUACCAGUCCAUCCCAGUGCCAGUUUAUCCCAAUACCAGUUUAUCCCAGUGCCAGUUUAUCCCAAUGCCAGUCCAUCCCAGUGCCAAUCCAUCCCAGUGCCAGCCCAUCCCAGUCCCAGCCUAUCCCAUUAU